AGACAGACAGGUCUACAGACAGAUGAUGAUGAUGAAGAUUAUGCUCCUCUUCCUCUGCGGGGUCCUCUGUGUUUCAGCUGACGUUCCACAUGAUGCCCUUCAGUUCACCGGCUGUUCAGACUCUGAUGGGGAGUACAUGAUGGCUCUGGAUGCAGAGGAGAUGUGGCACGCUGACUUCAAAGCAGGGAAAGCAGUGGACGCUCAGCCCAGCUUUGUGACAGAUCAUAUUAAUUGGCCUUAUGAAGCCGCUCAGGGUGCUCUACAGACCUGCAGAUUCAACCUGGGAACACACCGUAACAUCUUCAAGAACGUCUCCCUGGAGAAAGAUCCUCCUUCCACCCCGCUGCUCUACACCAAACAGGAAGUGGAGAUGGGAGAGGGGAACGUCCUCGUCUGUCAUGUGACCGGUUUCUAUCCGGCUCCUGUGAGCUUCUUCUGGACAAAGAACGGAGAGAACGUGACUGAAGGAACCAGCUUCCCCGUUCCCUUCCUCUCCAAAGAGGGUUCCUUCAGCCAGUUCUCCCGACUGGAGUUCACCCCCCAGCUGGGAGACAUCUACAGCUGUGGGGUCCAACAUCUGGCUCUGGACCAGCCGCUGACCACGUUCUGGGAGGAGCAGGGGUCUCAGCCCGGCGUGGGACCAGCAGUCUUCUGUGCUCUGGGUCUGACGGUGGGUCUCCUGGGAGUGGCUGCUGGGACCUUCUUCCUGAUCAAAGGGAACGAGUGCAGCUGAGUUCAGGGUGAAAGACCCUCAGCCUCCAGCCUGAGUACC